AGGCUGACUUGCUAUCGGGAGCUCACCGCAUACCGCUCCAUUCAUGCUGCGAGAAGCUCAAGACUCGGAACUCGGAGCUUUGGACGAGUAUCGUGACAGUCGUGGAAAUGUCUGCAAAUUUAAUAUUUUAAUCAUGCUGAGGAAAACAAACCCCAAGAUCCCAAUUAUCCGGCUGGCGGCCGAGGCGCUGGGGUUGAUGUUAUAGACAACAGAGCAGAGACACAGAGCCCAGAGGACGCCAGGCCAGCGCUACUCCACCGCCCCUCCCUUCCUUCAGCCUGGUGUAGGACAGCCACAGCUUCAGUAGAGGAAAAGAAACACAGACACACACCCAGGAACCUCUCCUCACCUAGCAGAGCCCAACAUGACCUCCCACCCCACCCCACCCCUGGGAGGCCCUCUCCUUCCCUUCUUCCUCCUGCUGUCGGGGGUGUUUGCCACCACCCCCAGCGACCUCAGGUCCUUCUCCCCUCCAGAGGGGGGGCUCACACACCUGGUGGUCCACAACAAGACAGGUGAGGUGUAUCUGGGAGCGGUCAACUGGAUCUUCAAGCUGUCCAGCAACCUGACCAAGCUGCGCAGCCACGUGACAGGCCCUGUGGUGGACAAUGAGAAGUGUUACCCCCCUCCUGGGGUCCAGUCCUGCCCCCACGAGCUGACCCAGAUCAGCAACGUCAACAAGCUGCUGCUUCUGGACUACGGUCAGAACCGCCUGAUUGCCUGCGGCAGCACCUCCCAGGGGAUCUGCCAGUUCCUUCGGUUGGACGACCUGUUCAAGCUGGGCGAGCCGCACCACCGUAAGGAGCACUACCUGUCCAGCGUGGCCGAGGCUGGCACCAUGUCUGGGGUGGUCAUUGGUGGAGAUGCGGCCGGGAGCGGAGGAGAGGCCGGCAAGCUGUUUGUGGGCACGCCCAUUGACGGCAAGUCGGAGUACUUCCCCACGCUCUCCAGCCGCAAGUUGAUGGACAACGAGGAGAAUGCCGACAUGUUCAGCUUCGUCUACCAGGACGAGUUUGUCUCCUCGCAGCUCAAGAUCCCCUCGGACACGCUCUCCAAGUUCCCCGCCUUCGACAUCUACUACAUCUACGGCUUCAGCAGUGAGCAGUUUGUCUACUAUCUGACCCUGCAGCUGGAUACCCAGCUCACCUCGCCCGACGCCAGCGGGGAGCAGUUCUUCACCUCUAAGAUAGUCCGUCUCUGCGUGGACGACCCCAAGUUCUACUCCUACGUGGAGUUCCCCAUCGGCUGCACCAAGGACGGGGUGGAGUACCGUCUGGUGCAGGAUGCCUACCUCAGCCGACCCGGCACCAAGCUGGCGCGCUCACUGGGCAUCUCAGAGCAGGAGGAGGUGCUGUUCACGGUGUUCGCCCAGGGCCAGAAGAACCGGGCCAAGCCCCCCAAGGAGUCAGCCCUAUGCCUGUUCACCCUUCGACGCAUCAAGGAGAAGAUAAAGGAACGCAUCCAGUCCUGCUACAGAGGAGAGGGGAAACUGUCACUUCCCUGGCUGCUCAACAAAGAACUAGCCUGCAUCAACUCACCACUCCAAAUAGACGAUAACUUCUGUGGGCAGGACUUCAACCAGCCCCUGGGGGGAACCAGCACCAUCGAGGGUCUGCCUCUGUUCGUGGACAAGGACGAUGGUAUGACGUCGGUGGCAGCCUAUGAAUACCGCGGCCACACUGUGGCCUUCGCCGGCACACGCAGCGGACGUAUUAAGAAGAUCCUGGUGAACUCUGUCAACCAACCUGCCAUGCUGUAUGAGAACGUGGCGGUGAACGAGGGGAGUCCCAUCCACAGAGACCUGCUCUUCAGCCCAGACCACCAGCACAUCUAUGCUCUCACAGACAAACAGGUGAGCCGUGUUCCAGUGGAGAGCUGUGAGCAGUACUCCUCCUGCAGCGCCUGCCUGGGGUCAGGAGAUCCCCACUGUGGCUGGUGUGUCCUCCACAAUGUGUGUUCCAGGAAGGAUCGUUGUGAGAGGGCUGAUGAGCCUCAGCGUUUUGCCUCCCGAGUGGAGCAGUGUGUCAAACUCAGUGUCCAGCCUGGAAACAUCUCUGUCACCAUGUCCGAAGUGCAGCUGGUGCUGCAGGCCCAGAAUGUACCUAACCUUUCGGCAGGGGUCAACUGCUCCUUUGAGGACUACACUGAGACAGAGGGACGCAUCUUUGGGGGACGCAUUUACUGCCUGUCCCCUUCCACACGAGAGGUCGCCCCCAUCACACGCAACCAGGGGGACAAGCGCACUGUGAAGCUGUAUCUGAAGUCUAAGGAGACAGGAAAGAAGUUUGCCAGUGUGGACUUUGUCUUCUACAACUGCAGUGUGCACCAAUCGUGUCUGUCAUGUGUCAAUGGCUCGUUCCCCUGCCACUGGUGUAAAUACCGCCACAUGUGCACUCAGAACGCCAAGGACUGUUCCUUCCAGGAGGGCCGGGUCAACGUGUCAGAGGAGUGUCCCCAGAUCCUGCCAUCCACCCAGAUCUACAUCCCAGUGGGGGUGAUGAAGCCCAUCACCCUGCUGGCUAAGAACCUGCCUCAGCCCCAGUCUGGACAGAGGAACUACGAGUGUAUCUUCCACAUCCAGGGAGCCACCUACAGCGUCACCGCCCUGCGCUUCAACAGCACCAGCAUCCAGUGUCAGAGGACCUCGUACGACUAUGAGGGUAAUGACAUCAGUGACCUGCCUGUGGAUCUCUCUGUGGUGUGGAAUGGCAACCAAGUCAUCGACAACCCCUUCAACAUACAAGCCCACCUGUAUAAGUGUUAUGCGCUGCGGGACAGCUGCGGGAUGUGUCUGAAGGCUGACCCCAGGUUCGAGUGUGGCUGGUGUGUUCAGGAGAAGAAGUGUUCUCUGAGACAGGAGUGUGCGCCGCUGGAGAGUAGCUGGAUGCACGCCACUGCCGGCAACAGCCGCUGUACACACCCAAAGAUCACCAAGCUGUUUCCGGAGACAGGGCCGAGACAGGGGGGCACCAGACUGACCAUCACAGGGGAGAACCUGGGCCUACAGUUCAGGGACAUCCAGACAGGAGUGCGUCUGGGCAAGGUGCCCUGUAUCCCCAUCGAAGAGGACUACAUCAGCUCGGAGAGAAUUGUGUGUUUGCUGAACGACGCCACGGGCUACCGGGUGCAGGAGGCUAACGUGGAGGUGUGUGUGAGGGACUGCCUGGCAGACUAUAGGGCCCUCUCACCCCGAGCAUUCACCUUCGUGACGCCCUUCUUCACGCGGGUGCUGCCUGCCCAGGGCCCUCUCUCAGGGGGCACCAGGAUCACCAUCGAGGGCAACCACCUCAAUGCCGGCAGCUCUGUAUCUGUCAACAUCGGACGCCACCUCUGCCACUUCAAAAAGAGGAAUUCCCGGGAGAUAGUGUGUAUGACCCCAGCAGGGGUGACCCCAGGCAGCACACCAGUCAUGGUGGACAUCGACUCUGCUGAGCUGAGGAACCCAGAGGUCAAAUACAACUACACUGACGACCCCACCAUCCUGAGGAUCGAACCCGACUGGAGUAUUGCUAGUGGUGGAACCCUGUUGACCAUCAGCGGUACUAACCUAGCCACCAUCAGAGAGCCCAAGAUCAGAGCUAAGUACGGCUCAGCCGAGUCUUUCCAUAACUGCACAGUGUUUAAUAACUCUGUGAUGCUGUGCCUGGCCCCCUCGGUUUCCGACUCCGAGAGGGGCUUCUCAGACACGGGCAGUGGGCCGGAUGAGAUCGGCUUCUACAUGGACAACGUCCACGCUCUGAUGGUGGUCAACGAGACGUUCAGCUACUACCCCGACCCCGUGUUCGAACUCCUCAGCCCCACCGGGGUCCUGGAGCUAAAACCCACCUCACCUCUAAUCCUCAAGGGUCGUAACCUUAUCCCUGCGGCCCCUGGUAACUCCAGGUUGAACUACACAGUGUUCAUCGGGGAGACCCCCUGUGUGCUAACCCUCUCUGAAACCCAGCUGCUGUGUGAAUGGCCCAACCUCACCGGACAGCACAAAGUCACGGUCCGGGUGGGUGGGUUCGAGUACUCCCCUGGUACUCUCCAGAUCUACUCAGAUAGCCUGCUGACGCUGCCCGCCAUCAUCGGCAUCGGGGGAGGUGGCGGUCUGUUGCUAUUGGUCAUCAUCGCUGUGCUCAUCGCCUACAAGAGGAAGUCCCGUGAUGCUGACCGCACCCUGAAACGUCUGCAGCUGCAGAUGGACAACCUGGAGUCCAGAGUGGCCCUGGAGUGUAAAGAAGCCUUUGCAGAGCUGCAGACAGACAUCCAUGAGUUGACCCAGGAGCUGGACGGAGCGGGCAUUCCCUUCCUGGAAUACAGGACCUACGCCAUGCGGGUACUGUUCCCUGGCAUUGAGGACCACCCCGUGCUCAAGGAGAUGGAGGUACGGGUCAAGGAGGUCCAGGCCAACCAGGAGAAGGCCCUGACUCUGUUUGGCCAGCUCCUCACCAAGAAGCACUUCCUGUUGACGUUCAUCCGCACCCUGGAGGCGCAGCGCUCCUUCUCCAUGCGUGACCGUGGCAAUGUGGCGUCGCUCAUCAUGACUGCGCUGCAGGGGGAGAUGGAGUACGCCACGGGGGUCCUUAAACAGCUGCUCUCUGACCUCAUCGACAAGAACCUGGAGAGCAAGAACCACCCCAAGCUGCUGCUGCGCCGAACGGAGUCUGUUGCUGAGAAGAUGUUGACCAACUGGUUCACAUUCCUCUUGUACAAGUUCCUAAAGGAGUGUGCGGGCGAGCCUCUGUUCAUGCUGUACUGUGCCAUGAAGCAGCAGAUGGAGAAGGGGCCUAUAGACUCCAUCACAGGAGAGGCGCGCUACUCCCUCAGUGAAGACAAGCUCAUCAGACAGCAGAUUGACUACAAGACCCUGACACUCCACUGUGUGAACCCGGAGAACGAGAACGCCCCGGAGGUGACGGUGAAGGGGCUGAACUGUGACACCAUCACCCAGGUGAAAGAGAAGCUGCUGGAUGCAGUGUACAAGGGCAGCCCCUACUCCCAGAGACCCAAGGCUGGGGACAUGGACCUGGAGUGGCGUCAGGGCAGGAUGGCCAGAAUCAUCCUUCAGGAUGAGGAUGUCACAACAAAGAUCGACAAUGACUGGAAACACCUCAACACACUGGCCCACUAUCAGGUGACGGACGGCUCAGUGAUCGCUCUGGUGCCAAAGCAGAACUCAGCCUACAACAUAUCCAACUCCUCUACCUUCACCAAGUCUCUCAGCAGAUAUGAGAGCAUGUUGCGGACAGCCAGCAGUCCAGACAGUCUGCGCUCCCGCACCCCCAUGAUCACCCCUGACCUGGAGAGUGGCACCAAGCUGUGGCACCUGGUCAAGAACCACGACCACUCUGACCAGCGCGAGGGAGACCGGGGCAGCAAGAUGGUCUCUGAGAUCUAUCUGACCCGUCUGCUCGCCACCAAGGGUACGUUACAGAAGUUUGUGGACGACCUGUUUGAGACCAUCUUCAGCACGGCCCACCGUGGCAGCGCCCUGCCUCUCGCCAUCAAGUACAUGUUUGACUUCCUGGACGAGCAGGCCGACAAACACUCCAUAUCAGACUCGGACGUACGGCACACCUGGAAGAGCAACUGUCUGCCGCUGCGGUUCUGGGUGAACGUCAUCAAGAACCCCCAGUUUGUGUUUGACAUCCAUAAGAACAGUAUCACAGAUGCUUGUCUGUCUGUGGUGGCCCAGACCUUCAUGGACUCUUGCUCCACAUCAGAACACAAGCUGGGCAAAGACUCGCCCUCUAACAAGCUGCUCUACGCAAAGGAUAUCCCUAACUACAAGAACUGGGUGGAGAGGUACUACUCCGACAUCUCUCGUAUGCCGGCCAUCAGCGACCAGGACAUGAGUGCCUACCUGGCUGAACAGUCCCGGCUGCACCUCAGUCAGUUCAACAGCAUGAGUGCCCUGCAUGAGAUCUACUCGUAUAUCAUCAAGUACAAAGAUGAGAUCCUGUCUUCGCUGCAGAAGGAUGAGCAGUCUCGCAGGCAGAGACUGCGCAGUAAGCUGGAGCAGGUCAUCGACACCAUGGCCCUGGCCAGCUGAGAAACGGCCCGCCACUGAGGAACGGCCCGCCACUGAGGGGCGGAGAGGGUAGCAGCCAGGCCUUCUCUCACUAACGCCAGCCCCUGACCCCCAACACAACGCAUUAGGACUGCAAGGACACAAGCAGUACACUGGAGACCCACCAGAGUUAGGCCUGGGCUCCGGCCCAUCCAAACAACCCUUCAUUUAUAAACACGUAACGUCUGUCACCCUGAGAAAGUGUCUUAUCAUAACGGUCAUCAUAACAUAAUGGUUUCAGUUUUUCUUCCGUGUUGAUCUAUCUACCCACAGCCGGGACUGUGAAGCAGCUGGCUAAAGAGGCCAGGAGAUAUAUAUAUAUAUAUAUAUAUAUAUAUAUAUAUAUAUAUAUAUAUAUAUAUAUAUAUAUAUAUAUAUAUAUAUAUAUAUAUAUAUAUAUAUAUAUAUAUAUAUAUAUAUAUAUAUAUAUAUAUAUAUAUAUAUCUAUUAGGGGGGCUAUGGAGAAAGGACUUCAUGUAUAUAGCUCCCCUCUCAAUGGAAGCUUCUGACGUGUCAGCGACUUCAUCAACUUUCAUGGACGUCAUUUUGAUUUUCAGAUCCUUUUUUUUUUGUGAUUUCGCUUUAGAUUUGGUGUUUUUAUCAACUACCUACUCUCUCCAGUGGUGUGUUUUUAUCAACUACCUACUCUCUCCAGUGGUGUGUUUUUAUCAACUACCUACUCUCUCCAGUGGUGUGUUUUUAUCAACUACCUACUCUCUCCAGUGGGGUGUUUUUAUCAACUACCUACUCUCUCCAGUGGGGUGUUUUUAUCAACUACCUACUCUCUCCAGUGGUGUGUUUUUAUCAACUACCUACUCUCUCCAGUGGUGUGUUUUUAUCAACUACCUACUCUCUCCAGUGGUGUGUUUUUAUCAACUACCUACUCUCUCCAGUGGUGUGUUUUUAUCAACUACCUACUCUCUCCAGUGGUGUGUUUUUAUCAACUACCUACUCUCUCCAGUGGGGUGUUUUUAUCAACUACCUACUCUCUCCAGUGGGGUGUUUUUAUCAACUACCUACUCUCUCCAGUGGGGUGUUUUUAUCAACUACCUACUCUCUCCAGUGGUGUGUUUUUAUCAACUACCUACUCUCUCCAGUGGUGUGUUUUUAUCAACUACCUACUCUCUCCAGUGGUGUGUUUUUAUCAACUACCUACUCUCUCCAGUGGGGUGUUUUUAUCAACUACCUACUCUCUCCAGUGGUGUGUUUUUAUCAACUACCUACUCUCUCCAGUGGUGUGUUUUUAUCAACUACCUACUCUCUCCAGUGGUGUGCCACUUGUGUUACUGCUGAAUUUGCACAAUUUACAAAAAAGCUAAAUCAAAAGAAGAGGAUAUAUAACUAUAUAUAGAUAUAUAAAUACAACUUCAUUUUUAAAGAAACAAAUGAAAAUAGUCAAAGUUUUCCAUUUUAAUGUACAGAAUACUUUGAAAGAAAAGGAUUUGAUAUUUCAAAGACUGAACUAUGAAAACAAGAGGAAACCUUGUCCUGUGCCAUGUUUUAUUUGAAUGUUGUUUAGUGCAAAGAUGUUUUCUUUAGAUCAAAUGUGCUAUGAUUAAAAUGUUGUCAUGCCUCGUGACUGAAGAGUAAAAAAAAAAAAAAAAAUACCUAAAAAUAUAUUCGAAGAAAAUCAACAAAUCGUAAAGUUUUGGGGCCUUUCCUGUCUUGGGAGAACAUAUGUUUUAACAGUACUGGAAAUACCGUAGCUGUUUGUUAUUCCGGUAUUUAACACAACCACAGUGCUAUUGUGGCUUUUAGAAAAACCAAAGGCUCGGUUUUGUAUACCACUCUGGUGAGAGAAAACAGCCUUCUGUGUUAGCCACCUGGAUGAGCAGCCCUCUGGGUUGCUCCCAUGACCAUGCACACCUCUGUGCACAGGCUCCAGACCACAGUGAAGUAGAUCACUUUAGUUCUGGGACUUCAAGGUUUUUUGGAAGGCAAAUAUCAUGGCUUACAGUACAGUGAUGUUGUGGGCUUUGCUGUACAACAGAAGUCAGACACCACAGAAGGAUUCAUUAAAUUUAGCGGCACGCUAAAUGUAGCAAAGGUUUAAUUCACCCACGACCCUUUUAAAUGCUUCCUGAAGUUCCACCUGCUGUCUCUCCUCAGGUUCCUCAGAUACUCUAGAUCACUGUGUUAGAGUUACAGUCUUACAGACUGUCAUGUUGGACACUGAGGUAGAGGUUUGCAGACAAAGAUGAGAGAAGUUCAUAUGUAAAGCUUUGAGCAAAGGGUAAUCCCUCAUGAUUUCAACCCCACAUGAGAGCAAGUACUGUCACUCUAGUGACUUCAACAUUCAACAGUUCUAUUUUAGUGUAAUUAAAUAGAUGGUUUCUUUUUUAUUGUUGAUCUGUUGAAGUGGUGAAAGUUGUAUGAGUUUGUGUGUUUGUACUCUGCUGCAACCAAACAAUGGUUAGUGCUAGUAGAGUAGAUCUCCCAAGGUUUCCCUUAUGUUCCGUAACAGCAUCUGUGACGAGCGUCAUCCAACCGGGUAAAAAGAGGAGUUUUAAAGCGCCACGGAAGGUGAACAUUCAGUGUUGUCUUUUCUUUGUUUUUCAGUCUGCUGUGAAGAUGAAAAAACAGUGAAAACUAUGUUGCAAUGCAAACACCUGUGAUGUGUGACAAGAUGAUGAGAUGUAGCUCAGUCUUUGAGUGUUUUUAACUGGGCCAAGGUUUUUGUUUCCUCAGAAAUCUGAUACUUUUGUGAAAUGCAUUGUCUCCCUUUAACAUGUUACACCGAUUCCCUUUCGGUCAUGUACAAAAAGAAGAAACGUCAUUCCUUUCCCUUGUCCUCUGAGAUUAGAGAUACAGUAUGGCUGGCUAGAAGAAAGACACCGAUACAUUUUUGAGAAACUUGUGAAAUAUUUCGGUCAGUAUUCCAGUGAGAGCCGUGUGGAUCACACAGACUACAGACGUGAUACGUAACCUUCCAUCCAUCUAUCUAUCCAAGAUCAGGAUUCAAGAAAUGUGGUGGGAUUUAAUGAAAAUGAUGUAAUUACUUAAAAUGUUUUGUUUAAUGUGAUAUUCAAAUUUCUCCUAUUCAGUUGGGAGUAGGACUUCAUAACACAUCCUAUAUUUUAUUAGACAUUUACAUUUUCUGAAAAUAUAUGGAUAUUUAGUAUUCAUGUUUCACCUCAGUGUCGUGCAGGGCUGUUACUCUCAUCUUCCUCCUCUCUUGGUCAUCCUCCAAUACGGACAACCUCUCCUUUCCAGCUCAGGCCUGUCCUAGUGUUGGCAACUCAAUUAAGUUCAAUACCGCACCCUACAGCCAAUCCCUCCCUCCCCACCCGACCAAACACAUAGGGCUGGAAUUACUGUAUGUACUGUACUUGAUAUCGGAGAGCAGGGCAUACAGACUAGUUUAUGAAACUCUUAACUUAAACAGAGUUAUAUGCUGGUUACUGGCUUUUUCCAAACCAAGAGAAGGUAGUGGAGGAUCGGCAUUGACUUGACCACUUUUCUGUUCAUUCACCCUAUUUGGGAUGGUUUGAGAUGUUUUGAAACUGCUACUAUGUUCUUCUGUUAAGCAUCUUGUAUUCCCUGAUUGAGCACAUUUGUUUAGUGGAUGGAAAAUGUUGCUGUGUGCUGCCUCCCUCCUGCCACGCACACUAGGCUUUGAUGACUGUGAUUGUAAAACAGCUGGUUGCAUUUUAAAAUCUCAGGAUGGUUCCCCUGCUUUGAUGUCGUUUGGCUCUUCUGUUAUUUAAGUGAGAGGUUUCUGAUGAUGAUGAUGAUUAGGAUCUUGGGGGGGAUUAUGGAUACGUGUAGUAAUCUGUAAACUUACUCUAUGGAGUAUAUAAAAAGUUAUAUUGUAUGUACUGGGGCAGUUGGUCUCAUGUUUUCUUUUUAUUUUAUGUUAUUUUAUUUUACUAUGCUACUUGUUGUGUGAAGAUGACAAGAAAGAGGCUUCUCUACAGAACUCCUUUGAAGAAAACGGUACUUAUUUUGUCUCGUCUGCCUGCCGUAGUGAGUUGGGUGGAAGAUGGAGAGGAAAGCCAGAGGGAGAGAUCCAGAUGCUGUUUGAUGAACACAGAGCUUUCACUUUGCACAUAGUGCCUUGUCAGCUCCCCCUCCCCUUCCCACAACCCUCUACGACCCCUCCAUUACCCACAAUCCACCACCUUACCAUGCCCACUCAAAACACUGUCACAGGUUCCCCACUCUGCCACACCAGUGAACAACUUCUAUCCUUGUCCUCCUGAUUCCCUCUUUUGGUUUGUUUUAAUUAUGGCAUAUUGGAAAGCAGUUCCUUUUUUCAAAAUACAUUUAAAAGGCUUAGGAGAAUACAUUAAAAUAUCUAGACACAAAUUUAAGAAAAAAAUUGAAACUGAAGAGUUUUAAUAAUUUAUGAAUUCUGAUACAUUUUUAAGAGUUUGAGACUUGAAGCAACUGUGACAGGUUGGCUGUUUCACGCUUGUGUAAAUAUUCUGCUAUUUCCUAUUUUGCAGAUUUAUUACUUGUAAAUAAACACGCAUCAAGGAGAGAUUAAACAUUUUUUGCUAAA